GAGAUCAACCGACAUUGUCGGCAGCUCAUCAGUGACCACGUCCUUUGGUGUCAGCAAAUAGACAAGAGACAUCAGGGCCCGUGUGUGCACGGAGACAUUACACAGAUCAUGCCUGCGAACAGUUUUCGCCCCCAUGACAAUUUUGAGAACAAGAUGAAAUCCAUCAACAAGGCCAAGCUCAAAAAAAGGCAGUUCUGCUUUACGCACAACAGAAAAUGCCCCAUUUUCGGGGAAGCUGCACGGGAGUCUGAUUUUGACCUGAGUGGCUUACCCUGUCCAGACCAUUCCAGGGCUGGACAUGGACUGGGCCGGGAAGGUCCAACAGCACCAGUGUUUGGGGCGCACGCGAAAUACCACGUUGCAUGCCAGACCCCCAUGCUCCUCAUAGAGAAUGUUCCGGACAGGGAUCUGGAUAAGGACAUGAUCGCCAAGCUCUACUCGAAGCACUACACCAUUCGCUGCCUCAAUGUCAAGCCAGAGCACCAGGGGCAUUCCGGGGUGGCCAGGGAGAGGAUCUAUUUGAUCUUAGCUUUGAAGGGCCUUGUGGAGGAAAUUGCAAAUCCAGAGGUCAUCUACAACCAGGUUUCAGACUUUAUCAUGCAAUAUGUGAAGACAGAGCCACAGGACUGCUAA